AUCGGAGUGGAGGAUUAUGGAGAAUCCUGUUAAAGGUUCAUGAUUCCAUUAGUCAGUAGGGUGACAACAUCAUGCCGUGAAGGUGAACAUGGAACACCGAUUCCCUUCCUCAGGUCGUGCCAUGGACAAGAUAGCAUUUCGUUCCACUGACCUAAGUCACAGAUAGCUCAAAUGAUAUACACGAGACUGUGAUGUGGACGAGAUCCAUCCUACUGGUCAUGUUCACGGCUUUUAUGUUGUGGCAGGUCUCAAACAGCAACGAGCGCUGCCACGACCACGACCACGGGCACAGUCACGGGCACGGGGGGCGGAGGCCCAGAGAACCCUCCGGCUUCAGGUACCGGCCGCGUACCGACAAGCUGUGCCACGGCCCUUGCAUCGCCCCCCAACACCGGCAUCUGCUGCUACUAGGAGGCGCCAACCCUCGAGAGCGGCUGCGACACUGCAGCGUCAGCCAUCACAUCGACGGCGUGGCUAGACUCUACUCGGCACUCACACUGUCCGAGCCGGAGGUGGUAAUUUUGGUGCAAGUGACCAGAGACUGGAUUCCGGACCCCCAGGUACUCGACCUGAUGGCGGGCCGGUUAGGGAACGUUUCUGUAUUCGUGGGAGGGCAUCACUCCGCCGGCAGCAUCCUACACUACUGCCGUGGCAUGGGAGAUCGGUGCUUCAGGCUGGAGACCUUAUUCCCGGUCCUCACGGAGAUACACAAGUGGACGCCUCCGGGAGAGAUUUCGUCCACUCUCUUGGACAUCUACGAUCCCCGGUGGCUCCCGGUCACCACCCCCGCGCCCCUCGACCCAAAUCAGUCGCUGCCUGUGCACAAACAGAUAGAACAACUUAUCUCGAGCCUGUGUGUUCGUGACAGAAGACUCAAUCGGUAUUUUGAGCUGCACCACACUACUGAUCUUGACGAAUUAAGAGGAGGAGGGGAUGUGAUUGAGCCAGGGAUGAUCACAGAGUCCAGCCUCUCACUUCGGGAUAUUUUGCCGCUCAACCCAAAACACUAUGACAAGAACAGAGCACCAAAGUUCCAAGGCCAAGCCACAGUUGUUUAUUUCCAUGUUACUGUCCUGUCUCUAGAUUCCAUUAACGAGGAGUCAAUGACCUACGUGGCAGACAUAUUCUUAGCACAAAGUUGGAGGGAUCCUCGACUUCGCCUUCCAGAAAACAUGAGUGAGGAGUACAGGAUUCUGGAUGUCGGCUGGUUACACGACAUCUGGAGGCCCGAUUGCUUCUUCAAGAACGCGAAAAAGGUUACCUUCCACGAAAUGAGCAUCCCAAACCACUACCUGUGGCUCUACCACGACAAAACCCUUCUUUACAUGUCCAAGCUUACACUUGUGCUUUCAUGUGCGAUGAAGUUCGAGUCAUAUCCUCAUGAUACACAGAUAUGUUCCAUGAUGAUCGAAAGCUUAUCACAUACAACUCAUGACCUAGUGUUCAUAUGGAAUAUGACAGAUCCUUUGGUUGUAAAUCCGGAGAUAGAACUACCACAACUAGACAUAUCCAACAACUACACAGCAGACUGCACCAUAGAAUAUUCUACCGGAAAUUUCACAUGCCUGGCAGUGGUUUUCAACUUGCGUAGAAGACUUGGGUACCAUCUGUUCCACACAUACAUUCCAUCUGCUCUGAUUGUUGUCAUGUCUUGGAUAUCAUUCUGGAUCAAGCCAGAGGCCAUUCCUGCCAGAGUAACUCUUGGAGUCACAUCGCUGCUCACACUAGCCACACAAAACACACAGUCACAGCAAUCUCUGCCACCAGUCUCAUAUGUCAAAGCCAUAGACAUUUGGAUGUCUUCGUGUUCUGUCUUCGUUUUCCUCUCUCUUAUGGAGUUUGCUGUUGUCAACAAUUACAUGGGCCCAGUCGCUACAAAGGCCAUGAAAGGAUAUUCAGAAGAGGACAUCAGGUCCGCUGUGGAUGACCUCAAGGAGCUGAACCCACCGCUGCGGAGCCCCCUCAGGGCCUCAAUACCUCCUCUGCCCCAAUACGCCAAUAUAUGGAACACCAGACACAUCGCACUUUUCAUUGACAAAUUUUCAAAAUUUUUUUUUCCCUUUUGUUUUUUUUGUUUUCAACGUAGUUUAUUGGACUUCCUUUUUAUAAGAGAUCACUGUUGCAAAUGAUUAAGCACUUUUAUACAUUUGUAUUAAAACACAAGUUUUUCCAAGAAUUUAUAGAACAAUAAGAAUUGAGAUUGUGGGAUUUUGUGGUUAGGGGCACAUAACUUCAAAGGCUUAUAUAAAUCAUAAAAACAAAAUUAUUUUCAUUAUUUACAAAUUUCACAACACUCUAUCUAAAGAAUAACAAAAAUAAAGAAAUAGUUAAACACAUGUAUUUCAUGUUUUAUCAACCUUUUAUGAUUCAACUGUGGUAUGAUUCAAAAUUGUUAUAUUAGUGUUCACAGGAAAACACAUUUAAGAGAACUAAAAUAACUCAGACACAUCUUAAUGUGUCUCACCUAAGAUAAUAAUCUUAGUUUUAUAGCAUAUUUUGAGAAUUACCCUUUUUAUUAAUGUACACAAAUAAUUUUCAACUUCAGUCACAUUUCACCUACAUGGUUUUUUAUUUUCCUUUACAAACUUUCAAUUUAAUGAAAUAUUUAAUCCUCUGCAGUUUCUAGUUUCUUUAUAUAGAAAUAAACUGAAAGUGGCUUAAAUAACUGAAGUCUAAAAAUAAUAAAUACAUGAACAACAGUCAAAAAACUGUCAACAUAUUAAUUAAUUAACUAACUUCAAUAGAAAUCACACUUAAUCUCUGGCAGUAUAUCUCUCAUUUAUAUUUUAUUGCUAAUUAACUACAACUACUAUAAAAGUAAACUCUAGGGCACCCUUAAUACACAGAACAAGCUUUACUUUUUAAACCUAGAUGUCUCCUAAACCUAAUAAUGAAAUUUAUAAUUUAACAAAAGCUAUUUUUAUAUUGACUUGACUGAUUACAUAAAAUAAAUAUGUUCAAAUUAUUAUUUUUAUUUUUGUUUAUCCUAACUACUCUAAUUACUCUUUAUUAUUGAUACCUAAUUAACAAUCUCUAUCUAAAAUCUUUACAAUAACAAAAAUAAAAAAAUUGUUCUCCAUGCAUUCAAUAGGAUAAAUUUGAGUUGAAGAGCACUAAUAAAAUUAUAGCACUUUCCAAAAAAUAACAAAUUGAAUUUUGAACAGGAAAGUAAAAGCCAUUUUGUAUGUUGGCAGGAGUUGGACCCCUCUGGGAGAAGUCCCCCCCGGGCCUCCAUUUUGCCGCCACUGCCACAAUACCCCACUUUCUGCAAUGGUAGGGAAAUAGCCCUUUCAAUUGACCAAUUCUCAAGAUUCUUUUU